AUGGGGGAGACGUCCCCGGCCCCGGCCUCGGCCUCGGCCGCCGCCGCCUCCCUGGGCGCCCCCUUGUCAUCGGGGCCGGUGUCCCCUCUGGGCCCCCCGCGGGUGCACCGGGCGAUCGUGGAGCGGCUGCGGGCCCGUACGCCCGAGGGAGGGCCGAGAGCGCCGGCCGGGAGCGGGAGAGCACCCUGCAGCUGCUGCGCCUGGUCCAGCACGGAGGGCCCCCGGGCCCCAGGAAGGCCGGGCCCCGGCAGCAAGGCCCCAAGGCCCCCCCCGGCCCCGGCAGCCGACUACUACCCCCCGCCACUGGGCAGCACUGCCCCCGGCACCAGCAGCAGCAGCAGCCCCGGGGAGCAGAGGCACUCGGCCCUCAUCGCGCUCCAAGGUUCCUUGAAGAGAAAGCUGGUGGUGAAUCUUUCACCAGCCAACAACAAGAGAUCAAAUGGUAUUGCUGACCACACCUUCAUUGAUAUUAAGAGGGUCCGUGUUGGUGAUAAUAACUUUUCCACGGGACAUGGACACUGCCCAAACCCAUCAGCGUUAGGCUCCUUGACAGCUGGCCAAGGUUCUCAAGGGAGAGUCAGCAGCCCAACUAACAACACCCACUCAAAUCCGAACGGGAUGUUUAACAUGACACUAAAGGAGGUAAAGAAAGAACCAGGAGAGACCCAUUCUUGCAGUAAACAUUCAGAUAAUCAGGCAUCCCAGGGCAAUCCUUUUCCUAACAGAUAUGGGGAAGACAUGGGGGACCAGUUGAUGGACCCAGAACUUCAGGAACUAUUCAAUGAACUGACUAAUAUUUCUGUGCCACCCAUGAGUGAUCUUGAACUAGAGAAUAUGAUAAAUGCCACCAUCAAGCAAGAUGAGCCAUUUAACAUUGACCUGGGGCAGCAGAUCCCAAGAACUCCUCCAGCCAGAUCUUCAUCUGUGCAGAUGGAUAAAGUGGUGAUCAAGCAAGAGUAUUCACCUGCUCUGAACCAGGCUUCAACUGGGUCACCCCAAAUGAGACCUUCCUCUACAGGUCCAGCUUUCACUAUGUCGACUGCUGCUAUGUCCACCUCAUCACCAAUUCCUUCAGUGCCUCAGACUCACACGCCUCCAUCUCAAGUGACUUCAGUUCCCAGUCGACCAUUGGCAAGUUGGCAAGAGGUCUCACAUGCCCAGCAGUUGAAACAAAUAGCAGCCAAUCGGCAGCAACACGCCAUGAUCCAGCAAUGCCAGCAAGGACAACCAACAUCCUCCUGGCCUACUUUGUCAUCUACAGAGCCUCCCCCUGGAUCGUUUGUCCAGGAGAAAAUUGCUAGCCCUCCUUUCCAUCAGCAGCAGUUCAGCCCUCAGAACUCUGGGGUCCCUGUAAAUGGGAGUUUGUCAAAGGGAAUGAAUGCCUACAUCUACCGGUCAAAUGCCCUGUCACAGGGAAGCUCAGUCAGUCCCAUGAUGCAACGAAAGACUCAAGACCUCAGCAGAGGUUAUAUCGGCAACAGCCAGUUGCCACUGGAGGAGCCUCAGAACAACAUCAAGCCUUUGUUUCACUUCAACUCAGAACAACCCAGCCAGCAGAUGCCUUCUGUUUUGAGCUCCCAAAACAAGCCUUCAAUUCAGCACUAUGCACAGCAACAGCAGCAGCAACAGCAGCAGCAGCCUAAUUCAGUAGCUGUGCAGCCACAGACACAGCAACAACAACCAACGCAACAGCAGCAGCAGCAACAAUCCACCCAAUCUCUUCCAAGACUACCAAAUGUAUCCUUAGCUUUACAGCAAAAGAUCAUGCUCCAGAAAAUGCUGCAAAAUCAGCCCCUGUCAAGACUGCAGUAUCCUGUUCCGGCACAGCAUCAACUGGAUCAACACUCUGUGAUAGGCCAAAGUGCAGGCCCCAGUCCAGCUUCUGGCACUUGCACAAAUCCAAAUGCUGGAAGCAGUUACAUGAAUUCACCCCAGCAAGCGUUGCUGAAUCAGCAGCUAAAACAACAACUUCUUCUACAGCAGCAACAGCAGCAGCAACAACAACAACAACAAAUAUUAACAGAAGCAGAAAAGAUAACUCCUCAAGAUCAGUUGAAUCGACACCUCACGAGACCACUGCCAGAAUAUAAAGACCAAAGAAGGAAUCAAGUCAAUGUGCAGCAAAACCAUCAGUAUUCCAGUGGAUCUUCCAGUGUGAGCAUCAGUUCCAGCCUAUGCUUCUCCAACACCAUUUCAACUCUGACUCAGACUUCAAAUCUAUUGUCAACAGCUCAUGGAACCAGAAUGCCUUCUCUUGCAACAAGCCACCACAUGGGCUGUUAUGGGAAUGUCCCUCGCAGUCAGCCAAGUGCAUACAACAUGACAUCUUCAGGGGCAAGCUUGGUCUCCCAGCACAGAAAUGCAAACCAAAUUGUAUCUGGUCAGAACAGCCCUGCAGCAUCUCGGCAACUCCCAUCUGGGCAAGGAAAUAACUUGCCGGCAUUUGACAGUGGGUCAGGGAUCAACUCUCAGCAAGGGAAACUCAGCUUGAACCAGGGACCCUCAACACAAAGACCUGCAAAUGUGAUGGUCUCCUCAAAUUCCACAUCUCAGAACUGGGUCUCUCCAGAAACAGGAGCAAAACAACCAGAAACACGAAAGUCCAUCGGGUCUUCUUUCUCAACAGGGAGUUCUUAUACAAGCCAGCCACUACAACGCACAGCUGCCCACCAGCAAUUUCCCCAACGUGCCAUGGUGCCCGCUUCCCAAUUGGCCACUGUCCAGAUGAGGACACCUAUGAGCCAAAUGAACCAGACUCUAAAUGGACAAGUGGCUGCAUCACCAAAAUCCCAGAAUGCAAGGCCUAACCAAGUACGGGCACAGGCCAUGCCAAACUUAAAUCCAGCUGGGGUGGGUAUGUCAUCACCACCACACUCCUUGUCAUCUAACCAUUUCUCAUCUACUGCCAGUCAAACAUCUGCCAGGGCUUACCAAGGAACUGAUCAUGCUAGUGAACUAGCAUUUGACUUUCUGAAUCAGCAGGGAGAUAACAUUGGGCCAGCACUCAACAGUGAUCCAGACUUCAUUGAUUCUUUGUUGAAAACAGAACCUGGUAAUGAUGACUGGAUGAAAGACAUCAACCUUGAUGAAAUUUUAGGUGGCCAUUCCUGAGUGUUUGUUUACAGUUUUUAUAUAUGGCCUCAAAACCUGGAUAUCACUUUGUAAUGUUUGUAGAAGAAAAGAUGAUAUCCAUUGGGUAGGAUCCAGACUUGGUCAUGACUGGCUCAAGUCCUAUUUAUGUCAGUAGGUCUGCAUUACGUAUGACUAAGUCUGGAUUAGGGAUGUAAAUAAUACUCUCAAAUUUUCUCAUUCUAAUUGAGAAAAGGGUCUUAACACAACAAGACACUCCAAUGAAACAGCUGCAAGAUUUUUCACAUUGUGGAAAUUUCAUCUGCACAAGAAAACUUUGAGUUUUGUGCAAAAAAACUCAACAUUUUACAGUGCUUUUUGUGCGAUUUUUUUUUACAAAAACAAUUUUUUGCAGCAACAACUUUUGAAAUUAUUAUUAUUAUUAUUAUUAUUAUUAUUAUUAUUAUUAUUGCUUUUGCAUACAAUAAUGAAAUAAGCAGAGAUUUACAUCUGUAGUGUGGGAUAAACCACAGCUCUCUGAAUGGCCAAAGGGACUCUUAAUGAUUUACACUGAGGAACCAAUCAGAGAUUACUACAUCCAUCUAAGUGCAAAAUCUACUUUCUCAGUCCUAAAUAAUAUUUACAUCCAUAAAGCUCAGUAGGAAACACAGUAGGAAACAUCAAUUGCAUCACAUAUAUAUCUGCCAUUUUUCUGUUCAUAGCUGGAGAGAGAGAGGGAAUAAGAGAAAGAAAAACCAUGUGUAUAUAUAUAUAUAUAUAUAAACAUAUCUGGAGCAGUGAAGGGAAGGAAAACAAAAACAGAAUAUUCAAUCAGAAGCUCCUUAGGACUUCUGAGGGACAGUCACCAAACACCAGCAAAAGGCAUAUUUUCAUGCAAAAGGUCCCACAUUCCUCUCCCUUACUCUCCAGGUAUGGCUGUGAAAGAUUUCUGCCUGAAACAAGCUGUUCUGUUCUGUUCAGGCUCAAAGAUUCUAAUAAAGAAUCAAAGACGAUACAGCCCUAAGUCUACAGGAACUGAGCAAGGCAACUGAAGAUAGGGUGUCUUGGAGAUGCCUAAUUCAUAGAGUCACAACGAGUCGAAGUUGACUUGAGGGCAGUCACCAGCAAAAGAUUGCUGGGAGGUCUCUGAGAGAUUGGGAGGUCUCCUACAUUGGCAGCCCCCCCCCCCCCCGUGGUGACGGCAAUGCAGUGCUAUGGGCAGUACCUGUGGUCAUGAGUUACCUUCUAUUUUCAUUUCCUACAAUGUUUUUUGCAAUGAUUUGUGUAAUUUCAGGGUGUGUUUUCCACCACCCUCACAUUUUGAUUUUUAGGCAUGCGGGGACUUCCAGGUGAAGGACUUGGAGGCCACAUAAAAGAGGUUGGGUGCGGAUUUUCCCCACAUCAGUCCUAAACUAGCUUACCAGCCUCAGGUGCGGAAUAGGACUCUGUCUUCUCACCAGUACUGAAGAAGCUUUUCCUUUGGCAGCAAAAAGGUCUGGCUCUGCUAUAUGAGAAUGCCAGGUGCUAAUGUUGUCUCCUUAAUUAUAAAUUCUAGCAAUUCCUAGCCUCUGAGACUAACAUAAAAGAAAGUUGUGCAAGAGCAGAGCUUGGAAGCAUUACUAUUUUGGACUGCAAGUCCCAAUAUCCCAAGCCAGAUUAUUGAACAUUAGUCCCAAUUCUGAGCAAGAGCCAUGGCUCCAUGCAUCAUAUGUUUAUUUCAGUGACCAUGUGUUGCCCUCCAAUUAUGAUUAUGUGACCAAAACAUGAGGUGUAUGUGUAUCUUUUGAAACAAAAACAAAUCCUACAUCUUUCAUUACAUUAUAUAUCCUCUUCUCUUUGUUUUUUUAUGGUUUUUGUUUUUUACCAUUAUGGUUAAAUGCACUGCCCUUAUUUUUGCAUUAUUGAAUCAGGAGCAUUUCUCAGUAUUGGCUUGUAAAUAUAUAUAAAACAUUUUUUGUAAACUUUUGUACAAAAAAUGUAAUAUUUUGGUAGGAAUACUGGUAUCAUAUUCUUUGGGUUAUAUUUAUACAUAUGUGAAAUAAAAAUGUAC